AUGUCGACAGAUCAGAACGCCCCGCCUCCGGUGGCCGACUCGACCCUACAACUCGACAUAGCCAAGCUUCAUGGUCUCCCCUCCGAGCAACAGGACCUAUACCUCUUGACCUUCACCUCGGACCUCGCUCGUCACGCAUCCUUCUCGGACGAAGACGGCGCUUCAGCGAACCAAGUCUGGAUCAAGAAAGAGCUUCUACAGAUUGUCGGACUCCCUUCACCCGCUCCAACACGUGUCAUUCGUAACAAUCUCGCAAACACCUUCGCAUCCCUCUUUACCAAAGGAAACCGCAAGCUGCUAUACGAGUCCAUCAACGACCUGGUUGCUGUUCUCAAUGCUGGGAAAGACAAGCCUCUAAAGGCUAAACAUGCCGCUGUACAUUGUCUGGGCGCAAUCUUCGAAGCAGCUGGUGACAGCGCCAUUAGUCUGUCUAGCUUGACUUGUGCAUCCCUCGUGCGCACCUUCAAAUCAGCGUCUAGUCAUGCAGGCUUGAGAAGUGCAGUUUACAAGGCCCUGGGUAGAGUCGUCAGAGGCAUUGGCAACUCCAUUGAUGAGUCCGUUGCAAAGGAGUUCUGGAAGUCGGCCCGCAGUGCUGCUUCGAGCGACAAGGCUCUGCUGGUUCAGAUUAAUGCUUGUUGGUGUCUUGAGCAGUUGGCCACUUACACCUCCUACUAUGACAACUCUAAUGAUUUCGAGAAGUUGCAAACUGCCUUGUGGAAAGCCAUGGAUAGUCCUUCGGUACCCGUGCGUCACGCUGCAUCUACUUGCAUGGCUGCUGUGUUUGUCAAGAGCUUCUCCGAGGCUCCUGUACGAGACGUUCUUCCUUCCGAAGAAAUCAAAAAGUCAAAGAAACAAGGAGCCGCUGAUGAUGGUGAAGAGGAUAUCGAGCGUCCCACCACUCCCGUAUCAUCCAAACCUAUCACCUCAAUUGCCUUCAGCCUGCUGGAUAUUAUGCGCCAACUGUCUACUCAGUAUUGCAAACCUGCAGCUUCGAACCGUACCCGUGCUGCUAUCGCUAUAUGCUACAAGCAGAUAUUCACUGCGCUGGGUGAGAGCGUUGUUGAAAGACAAUACGGUGUCAUUGCUAGACAUCUGUUUACCGAACUGCUCAGUCACCAGAGUCUCAUAUACCACCGCUAUCGCAAUCUCAUGACCAGGAAGUUUGUUCGCAUUAUCUUACAGCAUGUGGUUGGAGGUAUGCUAGGAGAGACAUCUCAGCUGAAUGCUGCCCGAUUCCUUAUGAACGACAUCAUCAAAGACUAUCCGCAAGUCAUCAAGGAGCGACCGGAGCCAGGAAAACAGGUGCUCACGGCCGCCUUAAGUGCUCUGGCAUCACUAAUCGACAAGCUCGACGCUGCUGUAAGCGUCGUCUCGGAAACUUGUCGUGAAUCACUAUUGCAAGUGCUGCAGCAUCCAAGUUAUACUGUUCAGGUUCAUGCUUCGAGGUGUUUGAGAUCGUUUGUUCUGGCUUGUCCUCAACAACUUCUUCCGACCGUGACAAUCUGUAUGAACAGUGUCAAUCGGGAAAUUGGUCUACUUACUGGUCCCCGUCAGAGUCCGAGAAGAUGUGCCGGAUAUGCAAACGGUCUCGCUGCUGUCUUGAGUGCUUCGAACAAGCAUCCCCUUUAUGGAUCUGUGGACGUUUACGCUCGUGUGCUGUCACAGGCCACUGGCCUACUCAAGUCCAGCAGUAACUCUGACUUGCGAGUAUCCAGUACCCAAGUGCAGGUCGCUUGGAUCAUGAUUGGUGGUCUCAUGUCGCUCGGACCCAACUUUGUCAAGACACAUCUCUCGCAGUUGUUGCUCCUGUGGAAGAACGCACUUGCACCUCCAAACAAAGAAAACAUGGCGCGACAAAGUCAACUCGAGCUGAGUUUCCUUGCUCACGUUCGUGAGUGCGCAUUGGGAUCUGUCAAGGCAUUCUUGCAUUACAACAUCAAGCUUCUGACCUCUGAUGUAUCGAGACGACUUGCGAGCAUGUUGCAGAACACCGGCACAUUCCUCUCCAUCUUGCCUGAAAAGAAGACAUCCGAGGACAUGUCACAACGACUAUCUCCAGCUCUGCAAUUGGUAGACUUUGAUCUCAUGGUCAGGCGUAGGGUGUUCCAAUGUUACACCGCUCUUGUGACUGCUAGUCCGGCCGCAGCUUCAGAGAUUGCGACUCAGUCUAACGUUUUGCCGUUAGCUGUGUCUUCAUUCGCUGAUCCAGAACGUCUCGGGCCUUCCUCAUUGAGCGUAUCUAUCGCCAGUUCUGCUGGUACACUUGACAACAUUUGGGGAGUCGGCGACAACAGCGGGUUCGGCGUGAAUGGCUUGAUCAACGGCUUGGACUAUUCCCCUCUGCCUUUUGAGAGACAGGGUGAGUCGGAAGAUCACUGGACCUCAAGGCACAGUUACGAAGCAAUAAUAGACAGGACGGUAAGAUAUGCACCACUUAUUUUCUUAGCCGCGCUGACCUUUAGCAGCNUUCUUUCACCGAUUGGCGGAGCAUGGGAGCACGAUUCAACGACUUCUUACGUUACGCCCGAUGGACCUCGAGUAUACGAUCAACCACAGCCACCAGCUACAGAAGUGGUAAACAGUGCAAUUGGCAUCUUUGCGCUAGCCUUCCCUUUGCAAUCUCCUAGGAUACAAGACAGCAUACUAGAACAAGUGAACGCCUUCCUGACAUCACCCGCUGUGCAGAAGAGCGUAGUACAGAAGACAGCACUAAGCCUCAGACGAAGUGUUGUGACUGACACGGUGGUAGNNAACUUUGUCGCCGACCCUGACGAAAGCGUUCGGCACAUCGCUGCUCAAGCUCUAGGCCACCUCUGCGAGGCGGGCGGCAAUGACUUGACUUCACGCGAAAUCAACUACCUAAUCGAGACUAUCGUAUCGAACACUGAACCUCACGUCCGAUCUGGCUGUGCCCUGGCUCUUGCUUGCAUACACAAUUCUCUCGGUGGUAUGGCAGCCAGCUUCCAUCUCAAGACCAUACUUGGUAUCUUCAUGUCUCUUUGCGCUGACCCGCAUCCGCUGGUACACUUUUGGGCACUGGAAAGUCUUAAGAGGAUUGUUGAUUCGGCCGGCUUGACAUUCUCCGGCUACGUUUCGAGCACGAUUGGGCUUCUUGGCCAAUUGUAUGUACUAGACACGCAUAACGCGGAGACUGGGCCAUUAGCUUCCUCCAACCUGGAAGUCGAGCUACAAACGACUGCUGCCAAUGUGUGCUGUGUUGAUGCCAUCAUCAACGUGAUGGGUCCAGACCUUUCUGAGAUGGCCAAGCCUCGUGGCAUGGUAUUAACUCUUAUCCGACAGUUCCAGACCGAAAAUGAUGUUCUAGUUCUAGUCGAAAGCACUAGAUGUUUAGGCAACCUCUCGAUGUAUGCCCCUGGUCAUAUGGAGUUUGAGCAGUAUGUAAAGCGCUUGCAAGCAGAUCUCGACUCUCAAUCUCCUGAGAUUCGUGACAUGGCGAUCAAAGGAUUGGCUAAUCUUAUGCGUCGGGACGCUGAGGAUAUCGUACGUGCCGCAAAUCCUGGACUCGAAGAAAAGCUUUGGGACGUGCUCGAUCAAAACCCGGCCCAGGAGACAAUCAAGGAGAUCUUCGUCAACUGGUUGUCACAGACCGGACUGACAGAUACCGCGGGCUGGAUACAGAGAUGCAACUCAGUCCUCACCAAAGCCAAGGCCCGUGUCGACAAUGCUGUCCAAGACGAGGCCGCAGCCAAAAAGGCAGCCACCACUGACCUUCAAGAUGAAGAAGUCGCAGGUUUUGCUGCUGGAGCAGGCACGAAGGACGAAGAUGCUUCUGCGCCAACAUCAAGCCAAGAGCUCAUGAGAUGGCAGGUACGGCUGUUUGGCAUGGACCUUCUCAACAGCCUCUUGGAUAGUGUCGUCAAGGAAUCGGCCAUCAAUGAAGACAUUCCUGCCUUAGCUUCGCUCCAACAGAGAGUGGCGGAUGUUGUACGCGUCGCUUUCUCCGCUUCCACUGCCAACGUUGUGGGUCUUCGCAUCCUUGGUCUGCAUAUCAUCGACCAGGUGCUAAGACUGUUUGGUGGUGUGCCUGAUCCCGAUUUCACCGAGGCCAUGCUGCUCGAGCAAUAUCAAGCCCAGAUCAGUUCCGCGUUGACUCCUGCGUUCGCCGUCGACUCGUCUCCUGAACUAGCCGCAGAAGCGAUCAACGUUUGCGCUACUUUCGUAUCGACAGGUAUCGUCACCGAUAUUGACCGAAUGGGGCGUAUCUUGAAGAUUCUGGUAGCAGCUCUUGAGACUUUUGCAGGAUCUAGCGAAACGUCUUCCAUCGGAGAGCUCAAGGGCCUUAGUCCCAAUGCUCAGGUUAUGGUACGCAUGUCGGUCUUCUCUGCAUGGGCUGGCCUCCAAAUCGCCACUGCUGAGCAGAAAUAUCUGGUCGAUGUAGUCAAACCUCAUGUUGCGAAGUUGACUCCGCUCUGGUUAUCGUCCCUCAGAGAGUACUCACGCUUGCGCUUCGAACCAGACAUUUCGAACAACACUAGUGCGACACCGUUAUCAGAUGACCUCGAGACAGUCUACGCUGCGUUGAACCGUGAGACCUUGCUGAAGUUCUAUCAGGACUCGUGGUUAAGUCUCGUCGACGCCAUUGCCAGCCUGAUUGAUGAGGACAGCGAGUUUGUAUUCGAUGCACUGGACGGCAAGACGCAAGCUGAUACUGACAACGGUAACGCUGUGUCACGCGGGACCGACAUCAACUAUCGUGAAGAACCUGUAGCAUUCUUCUUCGUGUUGUUUGGCCUUGCGUUUGAAGCUCUGGCAAGUAAGCCUGGCGCAGAUUCUGCAACUGCAAGAGCACAAAAGCUCGAGAUUCUACAAGCACUCAAGAGAAUCCUUCGACCUUCAAUUUCUGGUAACGCCAUCUACCAAGAGGUCAUCUUCAACGAGACAAUGGAUCUGCUUGAUCGCAUGGUUCUUACCGAGCCAUCAAACGUGCAGACUGUCAUUGUCGAGAUUGCGAGAAACCUCUGCGUCGGUCAUCCCUCCUCGAGACAGGGUAUGAGUGCAGAUGACCAUCUGUCGGAUGACAUUGACCAACUGUUCGAGUUGACUCGCAUCAUUGUGCUUGUGUUGGCAAGUAUUGUGCCUGGUCUGGCAGAAAGUCCUCGUCCUGUACGUGCCGACAUCUCGGAUGAAGCUGUCACGCUAGCACGCCUCUCUUUGGAUGCAUUGGUCGAUGCUUCCGAGGUCUUCNCCUCCAUUAUCAAAGCCGAUCUGCACGCAUGUAUCUUCCAAAUCUUUGUCACCAUCAUGAGCACGGGUGCGUGUCAAGCGACUCUGAUACCACAGGCAUUACCCAUCUUCCGUCGCUUCAUCAGUGGCGUUGGUGCAGACCCUGGCGAAGACACUCAAAAGCAGAUCCGCAGCACACUUUCUCGCUUCCUGAUGAUCCUCAAGAAUGCCCAGAAACGCGAGUUCGAAGCUUCUCUGCCCUGCGAGAAGAACACCAUACUAGCAGGCACCAUGCUGAUCACCUCUGCCAAUGCCGCUUUUGAGGCCAAUGACCCUGCUCUUCUCCGUUUUGUCUCUGAGUUGACGGAAUGUCUUGAUAACCCCAUGACGACAAAGAUGGCUGCUGGGUGUGUGCGAACACUACUCGUUGUACCUGUUCGCGGCGCUGCUCACCCAGCUAUCCUAUCACGUCUUCUGCCACGUCUGGUUACUUUCCUCACCGUCCCUUCUGAUCUAGAAGGCAUUGCCCAAAGCCGCACCAUCAUUGCGCAAUCCCUCACCACCGCAAUCUCUUCCUUUGCCACCGACAAGAAACUCGCAGGUUUAGCAUUGCUCAUACCUACUCUGCUUUCUCGCGCUGCCAAGGAACCUUCUGCCGUUGUGCAGAAAGAAACAGCAGCGAGGUUGUUAGAGCUGGCGGGUAAUGAUGCGAAUGCGUUUAGAGGUGUUGUGAUGAGGCUCAGUGCAGAGCAGAAAGCACUGAUGGAAAAGAUUAUCAAAAGCUCUCAAGGACCGAAACAAGAAGUUAGAGAAGAGGUUGAGGAAAAGGAACCCACUAUUGCUCUGAAGAUGAAUUUUUGA